CCAGCACAGGCAGCGUCAGUGCAAACUUCCCCCACCCCGUCUUCCACCCAUGUGUGUCAACCCUGCCCCUGGAGGGACCAUCUCUCGAGGCAGAGGAGUCAACUUUCUCUCGCCAAAGAAUGGAGAGUGGAAGAGAAGGCUUAAUGUUGGUGGAAAGGAACAGGAGCAUGCCUGAGCCCCUUUAACUUUCUUCAAGGUCCUCUAAAGCAGGAGUCAGCAAACUUUCUUUAAGGAUCAGCAAGUACACAUUCCAGGCUUUGCAGGCCACAUGGUUUCUCUUGCAGCUACUUAUCUCUGUCAAUAUAGCAUGAAAGCAGUAAUAGAUAAUACAGAAACAAGUGAGCAUGGCUAUGUUCCAAUAAAACUUUAUUUAUAAAAAUAGGCAGUGGGUGGGUUUGGUCUUUGGGCUACAAUUUGGCCACCCGUGCUCUAGACCAAUGGGGAGAUCACAGAACCAGAAGGGUUCCAAGAGCUAGUCUAAGAGUUGCCCUCAUUUUAUAAAAGGCAAUGAGGUUUGUGGAUGUGAAAUAUUUGCUCAAGGUGACACCAGCUGUUAGAACACAGAUGAAGUAAAUGAAAUAGGAGAAGGGGACAAAGAGCUCCCAGAGAACCAACCAGUUGGUUGGCAUCACCUGACCUUUUUUUUUUUUUUUGCUUUACAUAAAAUCUCAAACAUCUGUUUGAAAUAAGUUUUCUAAAAUAGAGAAAAUAGUAUAGUAAAUUCCUGUGUACCUAUUACCUGGCUUGAACAAUGAACAGCUCAUGGCCAAUCUUGCUUUGUGUAUAUCCUUCCACUUUGGCCCCUUUGGAAGCAAAUCCAUGAAAUCAUAGCAUUUCAACCUUAGCCUAAGUGGCUAUAAGAGCAGAGUACUAUUCUGAGGCCUUCCUGAUAUACCAAGAUGGACCCAGGCCCUGCUUUCCAGAUGAGGAACCUGGCUCUUGCCUCCUUCAGCUUUCAGAUACCAUAAUUUUCAAAAUUUGGCCUCAGCUACUGCUGCCACUCCCAGGCUUGCUAAGCUUCUGGAUUCUUUUGAGGGAAUUUGGGCUUCUAACAAUCCUUGAAAACUACUCCUGAAGCUGGGUGGAUGCCUUAGCAUUUGGCAAAUUAAAGUGCCACUUGGCCAAAUUCAAAGCCCUUGUAAAUCAUGUUCUGCCCCAAGGGUCUUGCCAUCCCUAUAUGGGUGAUCUGGGUAGGGGUGUUUGACAUGGAUGGUGAUGUCCCCUUGUGAGGUCAGACCAUUGCUGCCAAGGGCCACCUUCCCUUUUUUGCCCUUUCCUGGUUAAAAAUCCACUGAGGAGGGAAUGGAGGAGCAGGAGUUGAAGUUGCCCUAUUCUGCCCUAGGUCUGCUUCUUUUUUUUUUUUGUGGCACACGGGCUUAGUUGCUCCGCAGCAUGUGGGAUCUUCCUGGAGCUGGGAUCGAACCCGUGACCUCUGCAUUGGCAGGCGGAUUCUUAACCACUGCGCCACCUAGGAAGCCCCUAGGUCUGCUUCUAAGGGACCUGUCCCCCAUCGUCUCAGACCUCAGAGGGCAGAGGCCUCUAUAUCAGAGCACUCUGCAAAGUCUCCUUCCAAACAUUCCCAUUUUAUCUUAACCACAGCCAUGCCAAAUGAGUGGAGCAAGUUUGUCCUAAUUUUCCCCAGUGAUAAAAUGGCCCAAGGUUCACAGCUGGCAAGUGGUAGACUUGGGAGUAAGCCCAAGUGUUAGGACUCAAAUCCCAUGUUCUUGCCACAGGCCAGCGGUUCUGAGUGUGAUCCCAGACCGGCAACCUUAUUAUUAUCUGGAACCUUGUUAAAAAUGUAGAUCUUGGGCCCUACUCCAGACCUAAUGACUGAGAAACAUUGGGGGUGGUUCCCAGUGAUGUUUUAACAAGCUCUUCAGGGGAUCGUCGGAAUCACAUCUAGAAUUAUAAAACAAACAAACAACCAACAACCCCCCCCCCAACUUACCCCCAACUGCACUGACCAAGGCCACCCCUGACCAAGGCCUCCUGACAAGGGACUGAGACCUUGAGGCCCUUGCUGUUACUGCCACUGCCCCAACAUGCAGAUUCAGUCUGAUUCCCACCUGACCCAAAACCCUGCUCCUCAGUGCCAGAAGAGGCAGAAGAGGAAUGAGCCUGGCCAGAACCCAGGUGUAGUAGUUUGGAAGCUGACUCCCAUCUGGCUUUCAAACAAGUAACAGAACAGCAGCUCCAGACUUUCACUGCUGGGCCAGCUCAGUUCUUGGGCACGGUGUCUGAACUGGGUACUUUUCACCUUUGACUCCAGCUCUGGAGAUUAGAUCUGGUUUGCUUAGGUUCAAGAGAUCUUCCUGUCCUGGUUCCAGAUUAUUCACCAGGUUUAUUUUGUAAGCCAUUAAAUAAGGUGGCUGUGUCCCAGCUUAGCAGAUAUCUUGCACUCUGCUGGCCAGAGCGCAAGCCAAUUUGCCAGCGCAUGUGGGAGGUAUUUACCUACUGGCAAUGGGUAGGACCUAGAGGGACCUUCAAGUUCAUUUUCUUGGAUGAACGUUGAGCUAAGGCCUGUACUAUUUCCCAAAAAGCCCCAGGCUCUCUUGCUGCCUCAGCUGCAGAUGACGAGUCUGUGGGUUUGGAUUUACCGGGGGAGUGAUUUUGACAGGGUCCCAGCCCUGGCCUGGUCGGCCCACUGAUUGACUGGAGCGUGCAGCGCUGGAGGCCCUGGGCUGUGUGGGGCGGGAGCCAUCACGGCUGGUCCCGGGUCCGCCCGUCCGGCAGGGGGCGCGCGGCGCCCGGGCCGCCCGCUCCUGCCCAUCUGCCCUGUCCCUGCCGGGCUCCGGAGUCGCGGGGGCGGGCCGGAGCGAGAUGGCGGCCGCCAGGAGACUCAUGGCGCUGGCAGCCGGCGUCUCUCCGCGCCUGCGGCUACCGGGUCUCGGCGUCCCAGAGCGACAGGGACGCCCGCGCGGCCUCUCCACAGGCUGCAACCGUCCCGACUGCACGAAGGAGGCCGCCGCGGCCGAGGCUGGGGCGGUCCCCGACGGCCCUGGGGAAAGCGACGGAAGCAUGGUGAACGCUUCUAGGGACCUAUUAAAAGAGUUUCCACAGCCCAAAAAUCUUCUCAACAGUGUGAUUGGAAGAGCCCUUGGCAUCUCACAUGCAAAAGACAAAUUGGUCUACGUGCACACAAAUGGACCGAAGAAAAAGAAAGUCACCCUCCACAUAAAGUGGCCCAAGAGCGUGGAGGUGGAAGGCUAUGGCAGCAAGAAGAUCGACGCUGAGAGGCAGGCUGCAGCUGCGGCCUGCCAGCUGUUCAAGGGCUGGGGUCUGCUGGGUCCCCGGAACGAGCUGUUUGAUGCAGCCAAAUACCGAGUGCUGGCCGACCGCUUUGGAUCUCCGGCUGACAGCUGGUGGCGCGCAGAACCCACCAUGCCACCUACUUCCUGGCGGCAGCUGAAUCCUGAGAGCAUCCGGCCAGGGGGACCUGGGGGCCUAUCCCGCUCCUUGGGCCGGGAAGAAGAGGAAGAUGAGGAGGAAGAGCUAGAAGAAGGGACCAUUGAUGUCACUGAGUUUCUGUCUAUGACCCAGCAGGAUUCCCACACCCCACUCAGGGAUUCGAGGGGGGGUUCUUUUGAAAUGACAGAUGAUGACAGUGCUAUUAGGGCUCUGACCCAGUUUCCACUUCCCAAGAACCUUCUGGCCAAGGUGAUUCAGAUCGCGACAUCGUCCUCCACAGCCAAGAACCUCAUGCAGUUCCAUACCGUGGGCACCAAGACCAAGCUGUCCACCCUCACCCUACUCUGGCCCUGUCCCAUGACCUUUGUCGCCAAAGGGCGUCGCAAAGCAGAAGCAGAAAAUAAGGCAGCAGCCUUGGCUUGUAAGAAACUGAAGAGCCUGGGCCUGGUGGACCGAAACAACGAGCCGCUCACCCACGCCAUGUAUAACCUGGCCUCCUUGCGUGAGCUGGGUGAGACCCAGCGCCGGCCAUGUACCAUCCAGGUGCCCGAGCCCAUCCUCCGCAAGAUAGAGACCUUCCUGAACCACUACCCCGUGGACAGUUCGUGGAUCUCUCCAGAGCUUCGGCUGCAGAGUGAUGACAUCUUGCCCUUGGGCAAGGACUUGGGGCCCCUGAGUGACCCUAUCACAGGCAAGCCCUACGUGCCCCUGUCAGAAGCAGAGGAGCUGCGUCUGAGCCAGAGCCUGCUGGAGCUGUGGCGGCGGCGAGGGCCAGUCUGGCAGGAGGCCCCCCAGCUCCCUGUGGACCCUCACCGGGACACCAUCCUCAGUGCCAUCGAGCAGCACCCAGUGGUGGUCAUCGCUGGGGACACAGGCUGUGGGAAGACCACUCGCAUCCCUCAGCUGCUGCUGGAGCGCUACGUGACCGAGGGCCGCGGCGCACGCUGCAAUGUGGUCAUCACCCAGCCGCGCCGCAUCUCGGCUGUCUCUGUGGCACAGCGGGUCAGCCAUGAACUGGGCCCCUCCUUGCGCCGGAACGUGGGCUUCCAAGUGCGGUUGGAAAGCAAGCCUCCGGCCCGAGGCGGCGCUCUGCUCUUCUGUACUGUGGGCAUCCUGCUGCGGAAGCUGCAGAGCAAUCCCAGCCUGGAGGGUGUGAGCCACGUCAUCGUGGACGAGGUGCACGAGCGGGACGUGAACACGGACUUCCUGCUGAUUCUGCUCAAGGGCCUGCAGCGGCUCAAUCCGGCCCUGCGGCUGGUGCUCAUGAGUGCCACAGGCGAUAAUGAGCGCUUCUCCCGCUACUUUGGUGGCUGCCCUGUCAUCAAGGUGCCCGGCUUCAUGUACCCCGUCAAGGAGCACUACCUGGAGGACAUCCUGGCCAAGCUGGGCAAGCACCAGUACCCACAUCGGCAUCGGCACCACGAGUCUGAGGAUGAAUGUGCUCUCGAUUUGGACCUUGUGACUGAUCUGGUUCUGCACAUUGAUGCCCGCGGGGAACCAGGUGGGAUCCUCUGCUUCCUGCCUGGCUGGCAGGAGAUCAAAGGAGUGCAGCAACGCCUCCAGGAGGCCCUGGGCAUGCACGAGAGCAAGUACCUCAUCCUGCCAGUGCACUCCAACAUCCCUAUGAUGGACCAGAAGGCCAUAUUCCAGCAGCCUCCCGUUGGGGUGCGCAAGAUUGUCUUGGCCACCAACAUCGCUGAGACCUCUAUCACAAUCAAUGACAUCGUGCACGUGGUGGACAGCGGUCUGCACAAGGAGGAACGCUACGACCUGAAGACCAAGGUGGCACCCACCUCCUGGCCCAGUCCCAGCCCAGAUCUGCCACGGGCCUGUGUGUGUCUGGAGAAGGCCACACUUGUGGGGUCUCAGUGUCCCUGCUGUGGUGGGGGAGGUGUUGAGGGGUUGAGUGACGUGAAGGCCAGGCAAGGGGAGCAUGGAGGAAGGCCUGCAGUGUGUGUGGCUGCUCACCUGCCCCCUCCCCCAGGUGUCCUGCCUGGAGACGGUGUGGGUGUCACGAGCCAACGUGAUCCAGCGCCGGGGCCGGGCGGGCCGCUGCCAAUCAGGCUUUGCCUACCACCUCUUCCCUCGGAGCCGGCUGGAGAAGAUGGCCCCUUUCCAGGUGCCGGAGAUCCUGCGCACGCCCCUCGAGAACCUGGUGCUGCAAGCCAAGAUCCACAUGCCAGAGAAGACGGUGUGGCAGAGGCAGUGGAGUUCCUCUCCAAGGCUGUGGACAGUCCAAACAUCAAGGCAGUGGACGAGGCUGUGAUCUUGCUCCAGGAGAUCGGGGUGCUGGACCAGCGGGAGUACCUGACCACCCUAGGGCAGCGCCUGGCCCACAUCUCCACUGACCCGAGGCUGGCCAAGGCCAUAGUGCUGGCUGCCAUCUUCCGUUGCCUGCACCCGCUGCUAGUGGUUGUUUCCUGCCUUACCCGGGACCCCUUCAGCAGCAGCCUGCAGAACCGGGCGGAGGUGGACAAGGUAAAGGCACUGUUGAGCCAUGACAGUGGCAGUGACCACCUGGCCUUCGUGCGGGCUGUGUCUGGCUGGGAGGAGGUGCUGCGCUGGCAGGAUCGCAGCUCCCGUGAGAACUACCUGGAGGAAAACCUGCUCUAUGCACCCAGCCUGCGCUUCAUCCACGGACUCAUCAAGCAGUUCUCAGAGAACAUUUAUGAGGCUUUCCUGGUGGGGAAGCCCUCGGACUGCACCCUGGCUUCUGCCCAGUGCAACGAGUACAGUGAGGAGGAGGAGCUGGUGAAGGGUGUGCUGAUGGCGGGUCUCUACCCCAACCUUAUCCAGGUGAGGCAGGGCAAGGUGACCCGGCAGGGCAAGUUCAAGCCCAACAGUGUCACUUACAGGACCAAAUCCGGCAACAUCUUGCUGCACAAGUCGACCAUUAACAGGGAGGCCACACGGCUACGGAGCCGAUGGCUGACAUAUUUCAUGGCUGUCAAGUCCAAUGGCAGUGUCUUUGUCCGGGACUCCUCCCAGGUGCACCCACUAGCUGUGCUGCUACUGACCGACGGGGACGUCCACAUCCGUGAUGAUGGGCGCCGGGCCACCAUCUCCCUUAGUGACAGCGACCUGCUGCGGCUGGAGGGCGACUCACGCACCGUGCGGCUGCUGCGGGAGCUGCGCCGGGCCCUGGGCCGCAUGGUGGAGCGGAGCCUGCGCAGCGAGCUGGCCGCACUGCCGCCCUGUGUGCAGGAGGAGCACGGGCAGCUGCUUGCCCUGCUGGCUGAGCUGCUGCGCGGGCCCUGCGGCAGCUUUGACGUGCGCAAGACCGCUGACGACUGAGCCCUGUCUCCGCUGGGGCCAUGUACAGAGUGCAAAUGUUUAUUUAAAAUAAAGUUCUAUUUAUCCC